AUGUCGUCUUCCGGGGAUGUGCCCACGCUCAAGAUCCUUCUGAUCGGCGCCUCGUCCGUGGGCAAGUCGUCGCUGCUACUACGCUUUACCGACGACGAGUUCCUCUCGCCCGAGGAGACGACGGCGACGAUCGGCGUUGACUACCGCAUCAAGGGAAUCGAAGUUGGCGGGAAGCGUUUCAAGCUGUCCAUCUGGGACACGGCUGGGCAAGAACGUUUCCGCACACUCACAUCGAGCUACUACCGUGGCGCUCAGGGCGUCAUCAUUGCGUACGACGUCACACAGCGCGACACAUUUGAUGCGCUGCCCACGUGGUUCAACGAGCUGGAAACGUUCACAACCAGCGAAGACGUGGUCAAGAUCAUCGUCGGCAACAAGGUCGACAAGGAGUUCUCGCGUGUAGUCACGACGGAGGAAGGUCAGGCGUUUGCGGAAAAGAUGGGAUGCCUGUUUGUCGAGUGCAGCGCCAAGAAGGGGGUGGGUGUCAACGGCGCGUUUGACGAGCUGGUCAACCGCAUCAUCUCGACGCCUUCGUUGUGGCAGAAGACGGCGCCGGGAGACAGGAGGCCAGGCGACCGCAUGCCCGGCGGCGCACCGGCAGCACACGCCGCAGAUAGCAGCAGAGGCAACAUCUCGUUGACAGAUCCAGGCGGAUACGUCGGCUACGGCCUCGGCGUCGCAAGAGACUCGUGCAACUGCUAG